AUGACCGCCCAUCCCUCGCCAGGUGCGCGCGCGUCUGCCGCCAAUGGCACCCUGUGUUUGAACGAAUCAUCUAUCGCAACAUCAGCGUCGAGAGCGAUGAAUGUGACACGACAGACGGGGCUCUCUCUUUUUCACAGUUCCAACCUCUUUUUCUCUGGAAAAAAUGUAUAUCGGAGGUCAUUUCUCCGCCGCCUGGAUUAUAUAGUUAUUCUGCCUUACGAGCUUCCAAACUAUCGAGCUGUGAAGCUAGAGGGCUACCGUGAGCGCAACCCAAUGCGAGAGGCUAACGAUAAAGCGUUCAAGAGCGCCAUGUCCACAUUAUUCAGGCUCUUGGCGGCCUGGGAAGAAGGGUCGAAACUCACUUUGUCUCUCGAGGCACGGGGGCGAGACGAAACGCUCGAGCCAGAAACUGAAGAGCUGGAAGAGGCUCACACAUGGGAAGCUGAACGCGAUGGCAGACGUGUUGUUACUCCCUACCAAGCCCGAUUCCCAGAUGGGGUUUCAGUAUUACCCGAGGUGUCGUCCAUUGACCACCUUGUGUUUGACUCAUACUCUCAACGUAUCUGGAAAACCCCGGACGAGCGUGUUGCGGCUGCGUGGGGGUUUUCUUUAGACGAUAUGGUAGUCGAGACGCCUUGGCCAAGCCGACUCCCUGAUGUGCGGUGGAUUUCAGCGACAUUAGAGGGAUUUCCUCCCCCAGGAUGA